CGGGCGGGUCGGGCGGACGUGCAGCCGGCGAGCUCCUGCCGAAGACGGGACGGCGACUUCCUCUCCGCUAGGAGAAGAGAAGAGCAGUCUGGAGAGGAGGGAGUAACCGGUGCUGUGUGCCAAGCUGGAUUUGGAGGUGUGGAGGAGAGGUGCAGACCAUGGGUAAAUCAAACAGCAAGCUCAAGCCAGAGGUGGUGGAAGAGUUGACUAGGAAAACGUACUUUACAGAGAAAGAGGUGCAGCAGUGGUACAAAGGCUUCAUUAAGGAUUGUCCAAGUGGGCAGCUCGAUGCUGUGGGCUUCCAGAAGAUCUACAAGCAAUUCUUCCCCUUCGGAGACCCCACCAAGUUUGCCUCCUUUGUUUUCAACGUCUUUGAUGAAAAUAAGGACGGACGUAUCGAGUUCUCCGAGUUCAUCCAGGCCUUGUCGGUCACCUCUCGGGGAACCCUGGAUGAGAAGCUCAGAUGGGCUUUUAAGUUGUAUGACCUUGAUAACGACGGCUACAUCACCCGUGAUGAGAUGCUGAACAUCGUAGAUGCCAUAUACCAGAUGGUGGGGAACACCGUCGAGUUGCCGGAAGAAGAGAAUACGCCAGAAAAGCGGGUGGACCGCAUUUUUGCCAUGAUGGACAAGAAUUCCGAUGGCAAGCUGACCCUGCAGGAGUUUCAGGAGGGUUCAAAGGCAGACCCCUCUAUUGUUCAGGCUUUGUCUCUCUAUGAUGGACUUGUGUAAGAAUGCAAGAUGGUUCCGGCUCCGCAUCUUCAACCCUGUAAUAUUCCAGUCCAGUGCCAUCACAGCUGUAAUGGGCCGAAGCCUCCAACAUAACUGCUCACCAGGAGAUGGAUCGCCUCUAGCCGGGUUUUAUCGCACUCCCAUGCAGCAUUCAGUGUCAGCAACUGCAAAUCUACAUUUCUACCGAGAAUUGUGAACAAGUCUGUAUCCUCUGAUGUCGAGGAGAGUCGAACCCCGUCGGCCAACUCCCGAGUCUCUGUAUCCAUGCUUCUAAACUAUGUGGCACUGCGUACACCGUUAAGUGUUGUGGACUACGUGAGAGCGUUUGUGCAAAGAAAGGUGGCGCGGCAACAUCACACAGACGCUCAUAAAGGACUCCCGCAGAGGUGGUGUCGUAUGUUUGUUUCGCGUCACCCUGGAGAUGUGUGUGGACUGAUCAGAACUGUGCCGCGCUGCCGCGUCCUCCCUCGGAGGGACGCUGGAGUUGGGGGGGCAUCUGGGGUAAUGCACCGUCUGCUGAGGUUGUGCAGACUAACUUGCGAGUUUGAAAGCCGUAUCGUGUAAAUUGUACAAUGUAAAUACGAUGGUGAUGUUUUCUUUUCUGCUUCGCUUCAUUUGUGAUUGUUCAUAAGAAUGGGAUGAAGUUUGCAGUUUUUGUUUUUCAUCCAAACGUGUAUUGCAUUCUGUAUUUCAGUAUUAUCAUCACUCUGUCCCCCUUGUGUUUGUUUUUUUCUUUUCCUUGAGAAAAAUGACCCGUUUUGUUCAAAGAAGGACGUUGAAGGCGUUUUGUGAGGGCAUGUUGGCGACCACUUCGUCCUGUCGUGCUUUCCCUCCCCAGUUCACGCCGGUUUCUAACGUGCCCCGAUGUCGCACAACCCCGUCCUGAACGGCCACCACCAAGCAACACCACGAACCCCCACAGCGGGCCCUUGCCACGAGGCUCCUUAUCUGUUUCGAGGGCCUUUUGCUGCAGCCCCCUGCACACAGAGCACCGGUCACCGGGGCACAAACAGGCAUCGGUUCUGCUUGUAAAGCUUUUGCGAGCCACGCGGUUGCAACCGUCCUUUGUGCGUGUUGUGACGGAGGCUCAGGUUGUUUCAGUCUAAGCAUCGAGAUGUUUCACCCGCUUCACUGAAUUUAGCCUUACGCCGACGGCGAUCUACUAAGAGACGCGUGUCCUUUACCUUACUAUAAGAGCACAGACUAAUGCAUUUAUGUGGCUAACUUUUCAAAACAAGGUCGCCUUUAACUCCGCAUUGCAAGUCGAAAGGAACCAGUUUUAUUUAUUGUUUUUUGUUCCGUUUGUACACCUCAGUUUGUAAUUCUCUCCCGGUCGUUUUGUGGAAGUGGAAAAUGACGACAGCUCCGGUAUACGUUUGCAAAAUGAUAAACUACCUACAGCGCUAAUCAACGCAAAGUAAUCAGUGACGGCGCUCAACCCAAUGCUUUGUAACUGUUGUUACAGUGUUGCACUGCAGUGUUGCAAUGUAACGCUAAGCUUCGGUUUGUGUUUCAUUCUUUGCAAAUACAGAAUCUCCA